AAUUCGAACACAAACACCAACUAAACACUCACGGGGAUGCGUGUGUGUUAGGGUUUUAGAGAAGAGAUGGUAGAAACGGUGAAAAGAUAAGAUUUGAUCUUCCUUAUCAUGGAUAACAAUCCCGUUAGUAGUGUGGCUGGCGAUUCGGCGUGGCAAUCGCUGAACAAUGUAUGUGAUGACUUGGAGCAGACAGCCACUCCAAGCAGACGGAGUAGAAAAUCCUGGUUUGAAACCCCACCAGCAACUAAAUUGGAGAUCGCCUGUGAAAAGAAGAAAAGACGUUCCUCGGGAGGUGGAAAACGGAAAAGCAUGGAAAAUAUGGAAACUCUUCUGUUGACACACUUCACGAAUCCUCCCAAAAUUUCAUUCGGUAAAAUCAAACUUGGAAAAUCAAGACAUCGACAUCUUCUUGUGAAAAAUGUCCACGACUAUGAACAAAGUGUUACUAUUGAGAAAUUUCCACACAAAAAGAAAUUUGAGGUUGACUCAAAAUCCUUUACGGUUCCAGCUCUAGAGAGCGUAGUUUUAACAUUUUCCUGGACACCUGAAGAAGAUGGCAAUGUUCGGGAAAUGAUUUUGUUCAAGGUGGAUUCUGCCUACCGGCUUCAGGCAUUUCUCCUCGGCUGUGCAGAGUCACCAAAACCUACUAAAAGGACGCAGAAGAAAGGAUUGCUUGGUGCCAAAGUAAAACGCCCCUUCUCCAUCCUCCACACUCCAGGACUUGCCUGUAUCCGUGACAACUACAGUCCACAAGAAGCUGAGAAAGAGCCAUUCAUUCCAGGGAAGUUCCGUGUCCUGCAAGAAAACACCCAAGUUCAAAACCAAACCGCCCAGAACAAGGGACAUCCAGUUUCUUUCCCUCCCCCACGGAUGGAGUCAACAGCCAUUGCUAAGGACACAAACUCCUCCAUCUGCCGAUCAAGUGUUUAUAAUAAGAUGACUGACAUUGGAUGCUCCCCGACACUACCUGUUUCUGAUUUCAGCCCCAUUCCUAAGACAGAGAGUGAAAAUAUUCAUCUUGUGGAUUCCUGUUGUUCUAUCAUGCAAACCUCCCCUCUGAGAGAAGUGGUUAUCAACAGAUCCAAUGAGGCAAAGACAAAAGAUAUGGCAAAGCUGGAAGCAAGAGGCCCUGACUUGAAGUUCUCUGUCUUAGACAGGAAAGAAAUAAUAGAUGUUGAGGUCCGAGAAACUGUGAAAGAUCCACAAAGGGCAGUAACUCCGCGAGCAAAUGAUCUUCGAGCAACAGAGCGGACUGAAUCACAGAAGGAAUAUUUGUCCCCAGACAGUUUUUUGAAGACUCGCUUCGUUUUCCGGCCACCACUGGACAGGAAAGAGAUUAAGGACACAGAGGACAGAAGUAUUAUUCGGAAACCUCGUAAAUCAUGGACACCGCAGAAGAUGAACCCACUAAGAAUUUCAGAUGGUGAUAAAUCCGAGAAAAGAUACUUGUCACCAGAAAGUUUCCUAAAUGAUUCCCUUGCUUCAAGAAUCUCUGGUAUUGGUGCUACUCCCGGGAAGCCAUAUUUUGACACAACUCCAGAUUUCAACCAUGAUGAAUUUGAAAAAAGUAUCAUCAGUCCAAACUCUUUUCUUGAAGAGCUCAGCUCUACGAGAAAUGAUUCCCUUGACGAUCGUCGGUUCUCUCGCAUUCCAAGUCCAGGGUCAGUCUUGAAUGGCUCUGUACCUCAUGAUGUUAUGGUGAAACAGUUAAAGUCAGUGAGGACAAGCCUUUAUGAAAAGAGCCUUGAGUUAGAAAACAGAAAGACACAAAAUGUCAAGUUUAUUGUGGCCAGUAAAACAACAAGACAAACCUCCACAAACCAUACAAGGAAGACAGGUGUGUUUGCACCAACUCUGUCAUCUGCUAGACGAGCAACUUUCAUUUCAAAGAAAGCAGAAAAAGAAAAGCUCUCCAGUACUCCCAAUGCACCAAGCCCCAGACGAGCAACCUUCUUAGUGUCAAAGAAAAAGCAGGGAAUGAAGAAAUCUCCCAAAACACAAGAACCUCCCAAAGGACAGAAGAAGAUGACAAGGUCUCAGAGAUUCACCAAUAUCCAUAAAGCUGGUCAACAGGAACAGAAGACGAUGUCCAAGUCCCACAGUAAAGUAAGGCGGAGGAGCAGUGGUAAUGGAGAGUCUAUUGUGAAGAAAACCAGGAAGACUAGAACAGAAGUGUUUCUGACCAGUGUUGAAGCCUCUGAUGCUGAGAUGAAGGAGAACCAAAGUGAUGAUGAUGUUGACUGUAAAAAAUCUGUUGGCAAUCAGAACUCCUCUGCCACCAUCACCAAAGACAGGCCAUUCAUGAUGACUACUGACAUGGACCGGUCGUCAGGGAGGCAGUUGUUUGUAGAAGAGGAUGUGAAGGAUUCAUCUGCCACCAUCACCAAAGACAGGCCAUUCAUGAUGACUACUGACAUGGACCGGUCGUCAGGGAAGCAGUUGUUUGUAGAAGAGGAUGUGAAGGAUUCAUCUGCCACCAUCACCAAAGACAGGCCAUUCAUGAUGACUACUGACAUGGACCGGUCGUCAGGGAGGCAGUUGUUUGUAGAAGAGGAUGUGAAGGAUUCAUCUGCCACCAUCACCAAAGACAGGCCAUUCAUGAUGACUACUGACAUGGACCGGUCGUCAGGGAGGCAGUUGUUUGUAGAAGAGGAUGUGAAGGAUUCAUCUGCCACCAUCACCAAAGACAGGCCAUUCAUGAUGACUACUGACAUGGACCGGUCGUCAGGGAGGCAGUUGUUUGUAGAAGAGGAUGUGAAGGAUUCAUCUGCCACUGUCACUAAAGACAGGCCAUUCAUGGAAGUCACCAAAGAACGGAGAACGUCAGGGAAAUGUUUGUUUGCUGCUGAUGAGAAUGAGUUUGAACAAAACUCAUCAGCAACUGUCACAAAGGAAAAGCCUUCAGUGCUAAUAUCAGAUAUGAGAAGAGGAUCUGGAAAACAACUGUUUGCUGAUGAAGGACAGAAAAUUGUUGAGUCAAAAUCAAUCGCAUCAGAAACUCGCACAAAAGAAAGACCUGUAGAAGUGUUGGAUGUAAAGAGAGGAUCUUGGCAACCAUUGUUAACUGAUGUUAGAAGACUGUCUUCUGCAGGUGAUGCAGAGAAGUCCCAUUCAGAAUUAUCCAUGACAGAUGACUUGAAGGAACAGCAGAUACUGUCGAGAUUGGAAAAGGUUGAAUUUGGUUCUCCAUCCAAGAUGUUCAACAACGUAUUUGUGGGGGAGUCUUGUGUUGGCCGGAUGUCAAUGACUGUCACGAAGGAGCGGCCAUCUCUGUCAGUUGUCCCAGAGUCUCUGUCAGGGGAAGGGUUGUCUAUGACAUCCUCAGUUACAAACACACCAAAGUCCUUUACUCAAGCAAGUAUUAGUGGUAUCUUUUGUAAAGAUCAUUCUCUGAAUGGCAACACUAGGAGAUUCUCUGGGAAGAAGUUGUUUGGAGCCGACCCCAUGUCACCUAGUAAAAGCCCUGUCCUGUCAUCCAUCUUCAGGGAUAUUGGUUCUCCGACUAGAAUCCCAUCCAGUCCUGAUGUGGAGGUGACCAGGAGGAUAACACUAACCGUCACAAAAUCCAGACCCUCAGAUGCCCUCAUUGAGGCUACCAAAGCAACUGUUAAAGAUACUAAGGAGACAGAAGUAGAUGCAGAUGGUCAGUUUGUUGUUGCUGCCAAGGAAGAAACCUUUGUGAGUGUUUCUGAGUCCAAAGAAGGCUACUGCAAGAGAAAGAAGAUACUAGGCAUGGCUACUGAAAACGAGAAAGCAAGUUACAGUUUCAAGAAGGUUGACAGUUACGAGAAAACUGUUAAUGUCACAGAGCUGCAGACAUUGCAGGAGCAGACGCGUUCAUGGGAAAUCACCAGCAGUCCACAAUCAAGGCCUCGCUCAAACUCCUACACUAUCACAUCCCCCAUGUUCUCUGUCACACCAACUGCUAUUCCGAAUAGUCCUUCUUCAGAGAACUCACGCAGAUCAACCCAUGUCAUCUCGAAACCCAAAGUCCUCGAUGUGUCUGCCAACCCUCGUCGUCUGUUUCCCCCCUUGGAUGAUGAUGAACAGGACAGUCUAGUUGUCGGCCAGUUGGAGGAUAAACAAGGAGAGAGUGUCUCCUCCCUCAAAUCCACGAGCAGUGUGUACUCUGCUGAUUCUUUAGACUCAAGAAAAUAUACAUCUGACCUGUCUGAUUCAAAUCAGUCCAAAUCUGUUGACCUGUUUGAAAACUCAUCUGACCAAUCAAAGAAACUUGUUGACGAUCAAUUCUGGAUGGUGGAAAAUGAAGAGCUGAGCAUGAAUGAUUCUGUAUUUGAAAGGAAUGAAAAUGCUGAGAAUAUUCCACCAAUCACUCACAUGCAACAAAAAGUUGUUGAAACAGCACUGAAGCCUGCUAUUCCUGAGGUGAAAGAAACUAUGAACUUACUGAAGGCGGGCAAGAAAUCAACACCUGAUGAUCAGACAAAGGAAGGGAAGAAGAGAAGGAAGGUGCGGGCAUCCAAGGUUUCUCCAACACCUGUAAAGUCUGACAUGUCAACAGAUAAGUCGGUUAAAGAUGGAAAGGAGAAUAGUAUCAAGAUGUUCAUCGCCAUGGAGACAGCCGAGAAAGAUAAGUGUGUGAAGGCUGAGGUGAAGCGCCAAGAAAAGAAACCCCUCUUGUCCCGGGGACUGAAUCUGGUGACGAAGAAGCGGAACCUGACAGAAGACAAGGACACUGUUGAGAAGCAGAACUCCAAGAAGAGGUCAAAAUCGGACCCCACAGAGAACACUCAGCCCAAGAAACCAGGUAAGCUGACAUUUCGACCACCAAGAAAAGUAAGCCUCCAGUUAAAGGCGCUGGCGCAGUCCAAGCUGAUUCUUCUCAAGAAAGAAAAACAAGGUAUGCCAAGGCACCCUCUACCAUACGCAGCCAAGAACAUGUACUAUGACGAACGAUGGAUGGAGAAGCAGGACCGGGGCUUCGUGCACUGGCUUAACUUCGUCCUCACACCACCAGAUGAAUAUAACUACGUGGUCAACAAAACCAGGGUUGAUGCUGGUACUCUCAACACGGACUUGAAGACAUCCACCUGUCUUGCACCAACAAAGGAAGUGCUGUCUAUCCGAGCAUACACAGCCCGACGACGGCUCAACCGUCUCCGCCGCGCAGCCUGUCAGUUGUAUCAGUCAGAGAAGAGUGUGAGUGUCAUCAUGAAGCUGGAGUAUGAGGUGGAGAAGAAGAGGAUCUCAGUCAGGAGAGACAGGAUGGUGCACGCAGAUAUAGGCAUCAAGCAGCGGAUCCUGGACAUGCUGCUCUGCUACAACCCACUGUGGCUGCGGAUUGGCCUUGAGACUAUCUAUGGUGAAGUCCUGCCCCUGCAGUCUAACAGUGAUGUGAUUGGCCUGUCUCGCUAUGUCUUGUGUCGUCUCCUUGGCAACCCAGACGUUGCUCAGGUGUAUGCCCACCCCAGUGUGCCACAUCUUUACAGAGAUGGGUAUGCGGAGGCCAUUGCAAAGCAUGCACUGAAGAAGUUCUUGCUCCUAGUGUACUUCCUGGACCACGCCAAGACUGCUCGCCUCAUACAGCAUGACCCCUGCCUGUUCUGUAAGGACUCUGAUGUCAAGGCCAGCAAGGACAUGUUGAUUCAGUUUUCCCGUGAUUACCUGAGUGGGGAGGGGGAUGUCACCAAGCACCUGGCGUACUUCGGCUACACCGUGUCCCACGUACAGACAGCCAUGGAUGAAUUUGACUACGCUGUCACCAAGCUCGGUGUUGACCUCAGGGAUGGUGUCAGGCUUUCCCGGGUGUUAGAGCUCCUGACAGGGGAGUGGAAUCUAGUGAAGUGCCUGCGAGCUCCAGCAGUCAGCCGUCUACAGAAGAUACACAACAUAGAGAUGGUAUUCCGGGCACUGACUGAGCGGGGACUUGAUGUGGCCAAGCUUGAUGGGGGCAAAAUCGGAGCCAGAGAUAUUGUUGAUGGACAUCGUGAGAAGACCCUCAAGAUUCUUUGGCAUCUCAUCUUUCACUUCCAGGUUGACGUACUGAUCAACUUGGAACAACUCCGUGAGGAGACAUCCCUCCUCGAACAGUCACUCAGGGUCAAGGUCAACAUGCAGAAACUCCUCAAAAUAAAACAAGAAGACAACCUUGCACGUCGUGACAGCGGGGGUCUGAUGAGCCAGGACAACGAGAGGCUGGAGAUGCUGCUGAAGUGGUGUCGAGUUGUGUGUCUGCACUACGGAGUCAAGGUGGAGAACUUCACGGUGUCAUUUUCUGAUGGGCGUGCCCUGUGCUGCCUGCUGCACCACUACCACCCUGGGCUGCUGCCGCUGUCGCAAGUCCACUUCCAGACCUCCCAGAGUCGCCAACAGGAUCUCGAGGAUAAGGAGGAGGCCGCUUGUGACCUUGACCUUAGCCAAGAUUGGAGUUUCCAAUAUGGCACAGGACUAGACGACCCCGAGCUGUACGAGCAGCUGCUUGUCAACGAGAGAGAAAACUUCAAGACUUUGUAUGAGAAGGUGUCCGAGCUCGGUGGCAUCCCCUUAAUGUUGAAGUCUGUUGACAUGUCCAACACCAUACCCGAUGAGAAGGUGGUGGUCACCUAUGUGUCGUAUUUGUGUGGCCGUCUACUGGACAUCAGACAGGAGUCACGAGCAGCACGCGUCAUCCAGAUAGCCUGGAGGCAUUACAAGCUCCGCACAGCACUCCGAGCACAACAACUCCGAGCACAACAUCAUGAGAUCAAAGCAGCUCGAGUCAUCCAGACUCGAGUGAGAGAGUUCCUCCAACGUAAACAAAGGAGAAACAUGAGGGCAGCCAUCGUUCUACAGGCUGUUUGGAGGGGUCACAAGGCCAGGUCAGAGGCACGUCUGCUGAGACUGGCACGAGACAACGCCAACAUGGGGGACGCUGUCACCAAGAUUCAGGCCGCAAUGCAGGGAUUUGCUGCUAAACGGCAAUAUCAGCGUCUUCGUAAAUCAACCAUAACCCUUCAAGCCCAUGUGAGAGGACAUCUAGCAAGGAGACAUGUUGCUAAGCAACACCAAGCUGCAAGCAACAUUCAGAGCACCUACAGAAGCUUGAUCGCAACACGGAAACAUCGAGAAGAGUUCCUAGCCAAGAGAUCUGCUGCCAUUACUGUACAGAGAGCAUUCAGAGCAGCUGCCAACAACCGUGUGGCUCGCACAUCAGCUGCAGUUGGCGUGAUCCAGAGAGCCUGGCGAGGAUACAGCUGUCGCAAGAAGCUGGUGGAUCUAAGAAGAUCUGUGGUCCUGCUGCAGGGAUUUGUGAGGAUGAGGAACACGAGGAGGGAUUAUCUUGAACUAAAGAAAACUGCUGUCUCACUACAGGAGAGAGUCCGGGCCAACAAACUGUCAGCCACAGCAAGACAAGACUUUCUGACGAAGAAGACAGCAGUAACCACGCUUCAGUCGCGUGUCAGGGGCUAUCAGCAGAGGAUGAAGUACGCCCAAAACAGAAACGCUGCCAUCUGCAUUCAGAAACACUUCCGUGGACAUAAGUAUCGGGUGAAGUUCCGUGCAAUGAGACUAGCUGCGAUAAUUCUCCAGCGUGCAUACCGACUACACAAGAUGGCUGGUGAAGAGCGAGAGGCACUGCUGAGAUGGACGGCUGCUUGUGUGACAGUACAGCGUUGGUGGAGGGGACUGCAGCAGAAGAAGAUGGAGAGACGACACACAGCAGCUACCCUCAUCCAAGCUACAUACAGAUGUCAUAUUGCAAGGAGGGAGUACCAGCGCAAACAGUCAGCUGUGCUGACUCUACAGACAUCCUUCAGGAGGAUGGCCGCCAGGGCACAGUUCCUUCAUACCAAGGCUGCUGUUAUCAUCCUCCAACACCACACCAGGCUCCACUUGAACAAACGACAGAUCCAGUCCCAGAUGCAGGCCAAGAGAGAUGCUGUUGUGCGACUUCAGACAUGUUGGAGAAGACUUCAAGCAGAGAGACAAUAUAGCGCCAUCAGACAAGCGGUGAUGGUCAUUCAGAAGAAUGUGCGUAUGAUGCAAGCUCAGAUGGCGUACAAGAAGAAAAUUGCAGCCAUAUCUUGUCUACAGCAUUACGCUCGAGGCUAUCUACAAAAGAAGGCCUUUUUGUCUGACCUAGCCCGUCAGACAUCUGCUGCUGUGAGAAUUCAGUCAUGGUGGCGGAUGUUGGUGAAUCGACAAAAGUUUGUUUCACGGAGGCGAAACGUAGUUGUCAUUCAGGCCCAUGUGAGAGGCUGGCAUCAGAGAAUGGACUUUAUGCGACAGAGGAAGGCAGCUGUUCUUAUUCAGAGCUACUACAGGGCUGCUACAGCUGCUAGGGAGGCAAGAACAAAGUAUCAAGUGAUGAUUGGUGCUGCUAUGGCGAUCCAGAGUGGCUGGAGAAGCUAUGUCAUCAAGAAGCAGUUCUCUAUCAUGAGGAGGUCUGCUGUGAAGAUUCAGAGCAAAGUUAGAAUGAUGAUUGCCUUGAAGAGGUACCACAACCUCAAACAUGCCUGUGUUUUCCUGCAAAGACUUUACAGGGCAAAUAGGAAGACCAAGUGUGUCAGGCAAGAGUUUGUAUGUACUAAAUCUGCUGUUGUGACCCUUCAGACAGCGUUCAGAGGACAGAGAUGUCGCAAGCAGUAUCAGAAAACAAAAAUGUCUGCUGUAAAGAUUCAGUCGUUUGUUAGAAUGUAUCAGGAUAGAUGUAAAUAUAGACAAAUCAUCCAAGCCACGUGUGUCCUUCAGCGGAGAUUAAGAGCUGUAAGAGUCGGUCAGCUAGACAGGAGAGUCUAUGUAACCAAUAGAAACCAUGUGAUGAAGCUGCAGGCGGCAGUGAGGGGAUGGAUCUGUCGCAGAGCGUUCACACAGGCCAGACAUGCUGCAGUGACCAUCCAGAAACAUGUGAGAAUGCACCAGCAGGUGAAGAGAUACAGGCAGCUGAAGCAGCAUGUCAGGAUGGACAGGGCUGCUGUGGUCCUGCAGAACAGAUGGAGGAUGCUGGUGGAGAGGAGGAGGUUCACAACGAUGAGGGCAGCGUGUGUCUGUGUGCAACAGCAGUACAGAGCUGUGCGUUCCGGCAGACAGCAGCGACAGAAGUAUCUGAACAUUAAACAAGCAGUGAUCACCUUACAAGCUGCUUACAGAGCUGCUGUUUGUAAAAGAGAUGCUAAAAGGAAACAAUCUGCAGUACUUAUUCAGAGUUACGUUCGCAAACAUUUAAUCAGAUCAAGGUUUCUAUGUAUGAAGAAAUCGGCAAUUAAAUUGCAAGCAUGUGUGAGGAUGAUUAAGGAGAGGAAUGUUUACAGGCAGCAGAAACAAGCUGUUUGUCACAUUCAGCAGUGGUACAGAAGUAUCAAACAUGGUCAGAGAUCUCGGAGACGGUUCCUGAUCAUGAAGGGAGCAGCUAUGACAAUACAGGCUGUCUGGAGGGGCUACAUUGUCAGAUGUCGGUUGGCGCUCUACCAGAGAAAUGCUUCUGUUAUACAGUCUGCCUUCCGUGCCCACCAACAGCAGAAGCAAUAUCGCCAACUUCGGGCCACAGCCAUCAGCUUACAGAAGCUCUACAGAAACAACAAGGCAGCCACACUGGAGAGACAGAGGUUUGUCCAAAAGAAAUCUGCUUCUGUCAUCGUUCAGAAAACAGUUAAAAUGUUCCUGGCAAGGAGGAGAUACUUGGAGCAGAAGUCUGCAGCACUGAAGAUUCAGAGGGCAUAUAAUUGUUACAAGGAGAGGUCAGCAUUUAUCCUGCAGAGAGAAGCAGCAAAGGUCAUUCAGGAGAAGUGGAGGGCGACCUUAUCCGCCCGGGAACAGCGUCGGCAGUACCUGAUCGUGGUGGGAGCAGCAAUCACUAUACAACAAGGAUACAGGAGCUAUCGGACUCGACGGAACUUCCUUCACACACGCCAUCAAAUCAUCCAAGUCCAGGCUUAUGUCAGAGCAUUCCUCCACAGGAAGAGAUAUCAGCGUUUACAGGAAGCUGCUCGUACGAUUCAAACCCUGUAUCGAAGAAGAUGCCAAGCACAGAAUCAGAGGGAGGAGUUCUUGAAGAUGAGGAUGUCAGUAUGCACGCUCCAGUCUGCCUACAGACGAUGGAAGCACAGACAGGUUGGGAGAAGACAUGUCGCUGCUACUACCAUACAGUCAGUGUUCAGGAUGCUCGUCGUAAAGAAGCAGUUCUGUUUGACCAGACAGAGAGUCGUCCUUGUCCAAGCAGUUGUCCGAGGGUUCCUGGCGAGGUGUGCCUACUGCCACAAGCUGCAAGCUAUUUCUGUCAUACAGAGAAACACACGGACAUUCCUACUGUUUAAUGGCCUGCGUCAGAUGGUGGCUCGACGGAGACAUGCUGUCGGUGUGAUUCAGAGAGCGUACAGAAUGUAUAGGCACACUAAAGAACUGAACAGACAAAAGUCAGCAAUACUGAUCCAGAGAGCAUACAAGAGGUACAGGCACACGCUAGAACUGAAGAAACACAAAGCAGCAACAAUUAUUCAAUCCACAUUCCGAAUGCAUUCUAAGCGUAAGACUUUCCGACAGACCAGUCAAGCAGCCAUCUUGAUCCAGAGCAGUUGGCGAGGCUACAUGGUGAGACGGACGUUCAGACAGACACUACAGAAGCAUCGUGCUGCAGUGUGUCUUCAGAGAAGUUACCGUGGUUACAAGGCUAGAGUUCAUCUUCAGAAGUUACAAGCAGAACGGAGAGCCCAGCUGGAGAUGUACGCCCGCCGUGCCAGGGUCCAUCUUGCUGCAGUCAGGAUACAGACAUGGUACAGGCAGUGCUUGAUGCUACGGCAGGCACGGCAGAGGAUUGCAAGCAUCAUCUGCAUACAGCGCCGUGUACGAGCUUUCUUGGUACGUUUGCACUACGUAAAGCUACGCAAGAGUACCGUGCUGCUGCAGCACCAGUGUCGACAGUGGUUGGCGUUGCGGCAGAGGUCAGCAGUGGUCAUCCAGAGUGCAGUGCGGCAUUGGCUCGUCAGACAGAGGCAGCUCCGACUCCACAGACAGGUGGCCAGACUACAGGCUGUGUGGCGAGGCUAUCGGGCCAGGAAGAACAUUACUUGUAAGAAGAUCCGACGUGCGAGGGCCCGUUGCCAUGAAGCCAGUCAGAAUGCUACAGAAGACAAGAAGCUGGGCAACCGUACAACCUCCGCCCUGGACUACCUGCUGGAGUACAAGAGUCUGUCUCACAUCCUGGAAGCCCUCAUGCAUCUCGAUGUGGCUACUCGACUGUCCCCACGAUGUUGCCAACGUCUGGUGGAGGUGCAUGCCGUCCAUGUCAUCUACCGCCUCAUCCGCAGCUGCAACCGCAGCCUGCCACACAUGGAGCUGAUCAAGUACUCCGUCAACAUCCUCCUCAACCUGGCCAAGUACGACAAGACUGUGAAUGCUGUACAUGAUGUUGAAUCAACUGACAUCCUUGUGGACCUAAUGCAGAUUUAUCGGGAGAAAGGCAGCGCCAUCUUUGCCAAGACAUGCUCGCUUCUUGGCAUUCUAGCCCUGGAUCCCCACAGAAGACAGGAAAUCUUGCAACAGACGAAACUCAUGGAGAAGAUCCGCAGUAUCCAGAGUCUGGUAUCUCGCAAAAACAAGGUGGACGAACGUCACAAGCUUGUCCAAGCCAGGAUGGCCGCCUCACGCAGCUUCAACUCCACACUACCACUACCCACACCGGUCAAGCGGAGACGUAUUCGACCAGAGUGGACUCUGAAACGUGACAGUCUUCACGCCUUGUCCGAUCCACUCCCAGCCAUUAACUUUGUCCUGGAGAACCUACAUCUGUCUGCAAAGUGAUUCUGGAGGGGAGGGAAGGGUGCCAAUAUUUAUUCCAGUGCUAGAAUUACAUACACUCUUGAUGCAGGGUGUAGUUAGAGCUUGCUGAGUAUUGUAUAUGCUCUGCAGUAGUUCAUGUAUGUAUCAGUUGCCAGUCCCAGACCUGGAAAUGUUACUCCAUCAUCCAAAUUCUUGGAUUGGAUCUUUCACUGUCAUACCUCAGCAAGAGGUGACCUGUCUGACCUGGGUUGGCAAGGGCAGAGACCUGUCUGGAGAAGGAUUAAAGUUUAGUUUAGAUGAAAGACUGGGCAAUAAGUGCUAUAACCAGUGGUGCAGACUGACGCUCCAUGAUUCCUGGAGCCCUGUUGGUGAACUUUCCAGACAGAAAAUCCCAGUGAUUCCACUCUCAUUCUGUGCUUGCGAAGGUUAAGCCAAUACUGAUUGUUUUACAUGUACAUGUACAAGUUUUGGGUAUGGCCACUAAGUGUGGAAUCUAGUUUGUCUGUUUUAUCAUGUAUAUAAAUCAUGAAAUGGAUGUCAUUUCAGUGAUGUGAAUAUGUGUCAGAAAUAUCAAUGAAGUUUGUAAACUCUCUUUUACAUCCCAUUCCACUUGUAAUUGUUCAGCACUGACAGUGGGUCAUUACGGAAUAAAUACACAAAGACUGUAAAUACAUGGACACGGUUUACACAAACUAGUUUACAAACCGGCCCAACAUUGCCACAAGCAAGCACAUUUCCAGAGUUAUGUCCCUUAGCCCUGUCAGGUUCUGCUGAUAGUGGUUACAAAUCCCAGAUUCGUCCUGAGUAUCAUCCAAGGGCAGCGUCAACUCCGGCUUUCAUCACACAAGUAUAACUGAAUCUAUGAUGUUUCAAAGCCAUGUUAACCCACACUCAUUAAGCCAUGUAGGUUGGCAAUGUCCCGAUUACUAGUACCCUGUAUAUAAUGGGAUUAGUUUAGGCUGUAGUUAUGUAUCUAAAGACCUGCUUGUGACAACUAGAGUAACUCCAUACAAAUUGACAUGUGUCAUUAAAGUAACUUUGUAUUGUCUGUCCAAUGAUGUAAAAGAUUUCAUUGUUUCUUGACUUUCUCUGCUAAAUCUGUCAUCCGCUAUCUGCAUUGAAUCAAAUCUGAUUUAAUAAAUACUAUGUAUAAAACUA